GCGGCCACUUCCGCUUCCGCCGGGGACGAGCAGGGGCCGCAGGCAUGAGUCGCUUCAAGUUCGUCGAUAUUGGUAUCAACUUGACAGAUCCUAUGUUCAGAGGAAUUUAUAGGGGGGUUCAAAAGCAUCCAGGUGACUUACCCGAUGUGAUAGAGAGAGCGGCCCUGAUUGGUGUUAAAAAGUUUAUGAUUACAGGUGGAAGUCUACAGGACAGUAAAGAUGCACUGCAUUUGGCACAAACAAAUGAUAUGUUUUUCAGUACAGUUGGAUGUCAUCCUACACGAUGCAGUGAAUUUGAAAAGGAUAACCCUGAUCUUUACUUAAAGGAGUUGCUGAAUCUUGCUGAAAACAAUAAGGGGAAAGUUGUGGCAAUAGGGGAAUGUGGACUUGAUUUUGACCGACUGCAGUUUUGUCCCAAAGAGACUCAGCUCAAAUAUUUUGAGAAACAGUUCGAACUGUCAGAACAAACAAAAUUACCAAUGUUUUUUCAUUGUCGAAACUCACAUGCUGAAUUUUUGGACAUAAUGAAAAGAAAUAGAGAUCGGUGUGUGGGUGGAGUGGUGCAUUCUUUCGAUGGUACCAAGGAAGCGGCAGCGGCUUUGAUUGAUUUGGAUCUUUACAUAGGGUUUAAUGGUUGUGCUGAAGAUGAAAAAUCAGUUGCUAUUGUGAAUGAUGAGAAUGGGAAUUCCAGAACACUUAAUUAUGCUCAUGAGGAACCUUUACAUAGAUCAAGAGGCGGUUGUUCAGACAGAACAAGGGGAUACUGAUUGGUUUAAAGUCAGGAAAAGGUGUGCAUCAGGGUUGUAUUUUUUCACCAUAUCUAUUCAAUCCGUAUGCUGAGCAAAUAAUCCAAGAAGCUGGACUAUAUGAAGAAGAAUGGGGCGUCAGGAUUGGAGGAAGACUCAUUAACAACCUGUUAUGCAGAUGACACAACCUUGCUUGCUGAAAGUGAAGAGGACUUGAAGCACUUACUCAUGAAGAUCAAAGACCACAGCGUUCAGUAUGGAUUGCACCUCAACAUAAAGAAAACAAAAAUCCUCACAACUGGACCAAUGAGCAACAUCAUGAUAAACGGAGAAAAGAUUGAAGUUGUCAAGGAUUUCAUUUUACUUGGAUCCACAAUCAACAGCCAUGGAAGCAGCAGUCAAGAAAUCAAGAGACACACUGCAUUGGGUAAAUCUGCUGCAAAGGACCUCUUUAAAGUGUUGAAGAGCAAAGAUGUCACCCUGAAGACUAAGGUGCACCUGACCCAAGCCAUGGUAUUUUCAAUCACAUCACACGCUUGUGAAAGCUGGACAAUGAAUAAGGAAGACCGAAGAAGAGUUGACGCCUUUGAGUUGUGGUGUUGGGGAAGAAUAUUGAAUAUACCAUGGACUGCUAAAAGAACGAACAAAUCUGUCUUAGAAGAAGUACAACCAGAAUGCUCCUAAGAAGCAAGGAUGGCGAGACUGUGUCUUACAUACUUUGGACAUGUUGUCAGGAGGGAUCAGUCCCUGGAGAAGGACAUCAUGCUUGGCAGAGUACAGGGUCAGUGGAAAAGAGGAAGACCCUCAACGAGGUGGAUUGACACAGUGGCUGCAACAAUGAGCUCAAGCAUAACAACGAUUGUAAGGAUGGCUCAGGACCGGGCAGUGUUUCGUUCUGUUGUGCAUAGGGUCGCUAUGAGUCGGAACCGACUCAACGGCACCUAAUAACAUUAUGAUUUCUAGCCUUUUUCGUGUGACUUUUUUUUCCUAUGGAAACCUUUAGCUCUUUAUCUCGGGUAUUAUGAAAUUUUACAAAGAUGUGUUUUGAUGUCUUUUUGCCAUUCAUUGUGCCGGUCACCAUUAAUUAGCUCCUUCAGCUGGAGGCUGACUCGGUACGGGUAGCGCCCUUCUGCUGUGCACACAUGGGGUUGCCGUGAGUGGGAGUGGGCUCUACAGGAACGGGUGAGGGUUUUUUGUUGAAGUCUGGCUUAUAGAGACUUAGCAUCUCUGCUACAAUGCUACGUGUUUUCAUUCUGGACACACAGGCUGAACAAGGUAGCCACUACUCGGUAGAUACCUGAGUGCAAACCCAACCACAUUAAGCGCAUCUCAGGCCUGGUCAUCGCAUUGGCGAACAAGUCUUGUGGUCAAGGGGCAGAGUUCAUUCUCCCUACCAGGAAACCAUUGCAAGAGUGCAGGUAUAAAAUUCUACUAGAGAGUGAAGAAUUGGGGCCAGUAAUUCAGUUUGCCUCAGGAACUGAAAAUGAGAGUCAAGGAAAUCUCCCAGAAAAAAAGAUGUAUGAACAAAAUGGCUUAGUGGACCAAUUCAGGAGUCCUAAAAUCUAAUGAAAUCCCAGAAAGAGAAGAAAAAGAGAAAUUUCUUGCCUCCCCCGCAAAUAACAUUUUCUGAGUUUGGAGGGACACAGUCUAAAUUGGAAGGAUAUGACGGCCCAAAUUAUGAAAAAAGAUUUACACCCAGACAGAUAAUCAUAAGCUUCAGAACAUCAAGAAUAAUGGAAGAUCCUAAAACUUUCCACAUAGAGGGUAGGGAAAGAUACCUACAUGGGGUGAGAAUCAAAAUAGCAUCUGCUUGUUAAAUAAAUCCACCACUCUAACAGUAAUUGUGAUUUCCAUCCUUUGUGAAUAUUAUAUUUGUCACUAGUGAAACGUGAACCUUGAGUGUCUAAUACUGAUUCUUUCACACCAGUGAAUCCCUGUAUUUGGCCCAUAAAGAAUGUACAGAUGGGCCUUCAAACAGCCUUAGGAGCACCUCACAGUUAGGCAAAUUACAGAGAAGAAAAUGAAUUCUUCUAAAAAGUUAAAUUUUACUUAGAUGAUACAGAAAGCUAUUAGAGAAUCAACUAAGAAGCAUGAAAAUUUGCAUCCCCUUAGAGGUAGCAUCUGGUUGGGAUAGAUAUUAAUUUGAAUUCUGUGAAGGACACAAAUGUGCAAACACUUUCUACAGUGAUAAGGAAGUAUUCUGCCAGUGUCGCCAGCGGAAGUUUAUAGUGUAUUUUAAACAUAAGUUUAUAAUAUGAAAAAGUUAUUCAUUAAAUGCCACCUAUUUAUAUUUAUUAUUUAUAUACACACUGUAUAUAUGUAUGUAUACACAUAUAUGUACACACACACAAUAUAAAAUUUUUU